CUUUUGAUAUUUAGAAAAAAAAUCGAAUCUUUGAAAUGCCACAUUGUAAUAUUUUCAUAUGAUUCAGACCCAUAUUGUUCAUUUCAUGUUUAUACUCGUAUGAAUGAGUAAAUGCGAUUUAAUGGGUUGUUAAGAAACCAAAAACAUAUCUGAGUUUUGUUUAGUUUUCGUGGGUCUUGAGGGGUUUUCAUUGUAUUUGAUUGAAUCCACGAUUUGUUUGUUUCUUGAUUGAGCUAGUUUUUUUGAUCAAUUUGAACAUAGUAAUUGCUGUUUUUGAUGUGUUAAUGCUUCUGGGAUUCGUGAUUCUUGAAAAGGUAUUCAAUAUUAGUGGUAUUUGAGGUAUUGCGUAGUAUGUAUUGAAGUGGAAAUUAGUGGAUAGGCAAUAUUUUGUUUGGUGUAUAUGUUUGAAACUGAGGGGAGAGCAUCAGAAUAUGCUCACUCUGCGCCUGGUUCGCAGAUUUGGAACUAGGAGUCGCCUUGCUGCUGUCUCGGGUGCUGGUAAUACUUCUAAAAGAACUUUAGUUUCUAAGAGGAAGAGUGUAAAAGUAGAUGAUCCAGCACUUUUUAGGCUAAAAAAGGAAAAGAACCCUGAUAAGUUGUUUCAGUUAUUUAAGGAGAAUGCUCAUAAUAAGAUUGUCAUUGAGAAUCGCUAUGCGUUUGAAGAUACAGUUUCUCGGUUAGCAGGUGCGGGCAGGUUUGAUUACAUUGAGAAUCUGCUUGAGCAUCAGAAGACACUGCCACAAGGUCGCCGUGAAGGUUUCAUUAUUCGAAUUAUAAUGCUCUACGGGAAGGCUGGGAUGAUACAGAAUGCUAUGAAGACCUUUUAUGAGAUGCAUUUAUAUGGAUGUCCACGAACUGUUAAGUCAUUCAAUGCUGCACUCAAGGUUUUGACCCAAUCUCAUGAUAUGGAGGCCAUUGAGUCCUUUCUGUUGGAUGUUCCUGAAAGGUUCUCCAUCAAUAUAGAUAUACUUUCAGUUAAUACAGUCAUUAGCUCAUUUUGCUCAAUGGGUAUCUUGGAGAAGGCUUAUUUGUUCAUGGUUGAGAUGGAAAAGUUAGGUAUAUCACCUGAUGUUUUUACAUAUACGACACUUAUAUCUGCCUUCUAUAAAGUCAACCGAUGGCAGAUUGCCGAUGGAUUGUGGAACCUCAUGGUCCGUAAAGGUUGUAUGCCUAAUGUUGCUACCUUUAACGUUAGAAUUCAAUUCAUGGUAAAUAUGAGGUUUGCUUGGGAAGCUAAUAAAUUGUUGCAGUUGAUGAAACGUAUUGGGAUAACUCCUGAUGAGGUUACAUACAAUUUAGUGAUCAAAGGCUUUUUCCUAGUAGAGAAUCUUCAGAUGGCAAAAAGAAUCUACUCUGCUUUCCAUGGUGCGGGCUUCAAGCCAAAUUCUAGAAUCUAUCAAACAAUGAUUCAUUACCUGUGUAGAGCAGGUGAUUUUGAUUUGGCAUAUUCAAUGUGUAAAGAAAGCAUGAAAAAUAAUUGGUUCCCAAGUUCGGAUAUUAUUAAAAAUAUCCUUGAAGGGCUGUGCAAGGAUGGAACAGAGGAAAAGAUGGGAAACGCUCGAUUUUUAGUCAUCCUGGCUAAGAAAAAGAUACCCCCUUUCUCAACAGAAACUUUGAACGUGAUGCGGUCAAUAAUAGAUCGUAGUUAAAAGUACAAAAACAUUUAUUUCUGCUCAAUGGUUUAGCUGAUUUUGCAGCACCUCCAUAAUCCACAAAGCUCCAUUUUCUUUUUGGUGAAGCAGAAGUGAUGAAUUAUUACUUCAAUGGAUUAUGAGCCUCCACAUAAUUUGUAAUUUCUCCAGAAAUAAGAUUUUACUCUUUCAGGAAGUCCAAUGGGGACUGAAGGAUGUUUGGAAGUACAAUGUCAACCUAAUUUAAAUGGACAGUAUUCCAGUGUUUCGUUUGCCACACCAAAGUAUAUACUUCCACGAUGGGAUCAUAUUGCUUUUCAGUUUGAGCUGGUUGCUUAAA